UUCUUCCCGACUAGUGAUUCGUUACGGAACAGUCGCGUUGUCCAGUAGAGUGAGAAGCUCGCAUUGUUUUCUACCGUCACACUACACCGCUGGUUGUAUUAAAGUGAAUGCAACGUUAGUUAACGACAUUAUUGAUAUCGUGGAGUGAUAAUCUUCGCACAACGCUAUGGCGCUAGUGGUGAACAUUAUUCUGGUGGUCUGCAUCCUCAGGUUCGCAUCCGGAACGCCACACCUGUUGAAAAAACUAAUCCUCACUUCCGAAGGAGAUGGUGGUCAUGGCGGAGGGGGUAGCUUUUCUCUCGGAGGUGGUGGCUUCGGAUUGAGUUUCGGUGGAAGUCUAGGUGUAGGUCACGGUGGCAGUAGCGGCGGUAGUGGAGGAGGAGGAGGAGGAUAUUCUGGCUCAAAUGGUUAUUCUGGGCCAGCUUUCGUGGGUGGUAGUUCCGGUCAACCACACGGUUCUGGAGGUGGAAGUGGCUCCGCUGGUGCGUCAGCUGGUGCUUCAGCUGGUGCCUCAGCUGGUGCCUUCAGUGGAUCCAGUGGAGGCGUGUUUACUGGUACCGGCGGUCACGGUGGAGAUUUUGGAGGAAACUCCGAAGGCGGUUACUCACCUUCGUAUGGUCAUGGUCAGGGUGGAUAUGCACCGUCAACAGUUUUGAACGCACCAAACUCGGGUGGUUCCACGGCAACACAUUCCGGUGGUUCUUCAAAUAGUUUUGCAAGUGCAAGUGCAAGUAGUUUUGCUAGUGCAAGCUCUGGUGCACAGGGUGGAAGCGGCGGUCAUGUAGGACAUUCGGCUCCAGCAGAAGGUUCUAAUGGAUACGGAGGACAUGCCGGUGGUCAUGGUGGAUCAGUUGGUUUCACUGGUUCUAAUGGCGGUGGACACUUUGGGCAUGGCGGAAGCAACAGUAAUGGCUUUGUAGCAAAUGGUGGUGCCAGUUACGGAGGUGGUCAUGGAGGUGGUCACGGAGGUGGUUUCACCAAAGAGAUUACCAUAACCAAACAUGUUGAUCGGCCAGUUCAUUCGAAUCCAGUGGUGGUGGAAAAGCCGGUUCCAGUUCCUGUUGACAGACCGUACCCAGUUUAUAUUGAAAAGCAAGUUCCAGUUACGGUUGUAAAAGAAGUUCCUGUCGAUAGACCGGUUGCUGUUCCGGUAGCUGUAGGCAACGGUGGUGGCUCGAGCGGCGGAUCUUACGGCGGAAGCUAUGCUUCUGCGUAUGCUGGUGCAAGUAGUUACGCUUCCAGCGGAAGUUCCGGGGGAUUCAACAGUGGUGGUUCUGGUGGAUUCAACGGCGGAUUCAACGGUGCAGGACAAGGGGGAUACGGUGGAGGUGGAUAUGGUGGUGGACAUGGUGGUGGUGGUGGCGGCGGUGGAUUACGCAAAACAAUAACUAUCGAGAAAACGUUUAAUAAACAUCACAAACAUCAUCACCAUCACGGUUGGUGAUUUGAAUUGUCAUUACUAAAUCAAAACUUUAGAAUAUAUAAUUUCAACUUACAAUUAAUUUGUUACAUGACUGUAAAUAUACUACAAUUGUUUUCCAACCCAGUG